AUGGAGCCAAUAUACAAUCCGGAUUACUUUUCGCUUUCAGAAGGGAAGAUUCACGAACCUCAAGAAUGGAGUCACGACUGGGCGCCUUUAACUUCGCCCUGGGAAUCAAGAACUCCACCAGAGCUACCACUUGCUAUUUGGCAGUAUACAACCGCUGCUCUGAACCAACAGAACCGCAUUGAAGUAAAUUCUAUGAAUGAUUUACCAUUUGCAUCCUAUCAGUUAUCAUCGCCCACAUCUUCAAUACUUCCUAGUCCAAAUGAUGCGCUAUUUUCCCACCACGUAGCUUCAUUACCUUCACCAGUAGUACGCCAGUCGCCCAAUAUGAACAGUGGCGAGCGAAAGCGACCACGAAGUGAGAAUAGCAUCGAAGACGAAGAUGAUGACUCAGGUGGCGAAUCUUGGGAUCACAGUCCAGCCCAGCCUUCAACGAGUCGAAAAUCAUUGAAAAACUCUAACAGCCAACGGGCGACAUCUACGAGUGAUGAAGCAUCGAUCAGAAAUGCAAAACGAACACAUACUGUCGUUGAGAAGAACUACAGGGAGAGGUUGAAUGAUAAGAUCGCCGAUUUAGCCGUCUAUCUGUUCGAGACAAGUUCAGAUGCUCGUGCCAAACCAUCCAAGUCGCUCGUCAUGACCCGCGCAAAAGAACGUCUAAAACAACUCGAGACCAGGAACAAGAGCCUGGAGAACGAGGUCGUCAAGCUACGGCAGCAAAUCGCCAUCUUGGAUCACAUCGUUAGCGAGAAAAAGGAUAAAGAAAAGAAUACGGACACUUGA